GUUAGUGUCUUCGGGGACACGGUGGCUCGCGUCGUGGUUUGUCGCUCGCCUCCUCGAUGCGCCAGACGGAACCGUCCAACCUGAGGUUUCCAACACUUCCCUACUGGGAAAUGAGCCGGAGAUCAAUUUCGCAGCAGCUGCCCGACAACUGCAGACUUGACGGAUCAUUUGUAGAGGAAGGUGAUAGUCAAAUGAAUCCCACCAUACUUGCCAUACGCCGCUAUGAUUUCAAGUGUGAUUGCAAAGUAGGAGAUGCCGGUCUUUACGAUCAGUGGGAAGAUGGCAGAGCACUAAGAAAGGUGCGCGGCAUCCAAACUGAGGAUUUGAGCGACGUCCUGUGGAGAGACCCGAGUGAGGAACAAGUCCAGAAUGUUUUCAAAAGGUUUCUGUUUCAUUACUCCAAAGCACGUAACUCUGUCGGAGCUGUACAGCAAGAGUCUCACUCAGUUCACCCUCUGAUGCGACUUUCGCCCAAGCUUUCCCAGAGGAGAAAGAAGGUGCUACUUCUGAAGAUUUGAGGGCUGCCAGAGGGGAUGUUGUAAAAGAAGAAUCUAAAAAAAAAACAAAACAAAGGAAAUCGGAUCUAAUGGAAGAAGAGCAGCAGGCAGCUUCUCCUCUGGAC